CAACAACCUCUUGUGGCAUUUAAUGUUGCUGCCUUAUAGCUGCUGCUGCUCAACUCUUUAGAGGGAGAGCGAUAAAGACGCAAGGAGGCCAAGAAGAAGAAGAAGCAGAAGAAGAAGAAGAAGAAGAAGAAGAGGAGGAGGAGGAGGAGCAGGACCUAGAGAAAAAUGGUCUCCCUCUCUCUCUCUCUACCUCCGAAUUCAACAAGCAGUUGGCCCUCUCAUUUAUUGCUUCUAUAUCCGCAUUCCCUCUAUAAAUCACUUCUUUUCUUUUAUACCAUUCCCCAUCUCUAAUCUCUCUCUCUCUCUCGAUCUCUCGAUCUAUCUCUCUCGUUCGUCUAGGCUUUAACGUAGAAAACUUUCUCUCUAUAGCUUGUCUAAAGAACACGUGUUGUGUGGAGAGAAUGCCAUAGCUUUCAUUCAAAUUUCCCGCUUCAACGGCGGCCGAUCAUUCGGUGGAGUUAAUUAUAUUCUGAGGUUAGUCUACAACGGGGGUAUCCUGCAGUCGAUCAGAUGGAUAUCUCAACGGCUCUGCUGCUCUUAUCAAUUGCCGCGGCGUAUCUGGUGUGGUUCAGAUCUGUGACCCGGUCGCUCGGGGGUCCACGUGUCUGGCCCUUGUUGGGCAGCCUGCCUGGCCUGAUACAGAACGCAAAUCGCAUGCACGAGUGGAUCGCGGACAACCUUCGCGCGUGCGGCGGCACGUACCAGACCUGCACUUGUCCAAUUCCCUUUCUAGCCCGCAAGCAGGGUCUCGUGACCGUAACGUGCGACCCCAAGAACCUUGAGCACAUUCUCAAGAUGCGGUUCGAUAAUUAUCCCAAGGGUCCCACUUGGCAGGCUGUUUUCCACGAUCUGCUCGGAGAGGGUAUCUUCAAUUCCGAUGGCGACACGUGGCUGUUCCAGCGUAAGACCGCAGCACUGGAAUUCACCACCCGGACUCUCCGCCAGGCCAUGGCUCGCUGGGUGAGCCGAGCCAUUAAGUUGAGGUUCUGCCCGAUUCUCAAGACGGCUCAGCUCCAUGGCAAGCCGGUGGAUCUCCAGGACCUCUUGCUCCGGCUCACUUUCGACAACAUUUGCGGCUUGGUUUUGGGCAAAGACCCGCAGACUCUCUCCCCCGGGCUUCCAGACAACAGCUUCGCCAAUGCUUUUGAUCGAGCAACCGAAGCCACACUGCAGCGCUUUAUCUUGCCCGAGAUCAUAUGGAAGCUGAAAAAGUGGCUCCGGCUGGGGAUGGAAGUCGUCUUGAACCAAAGCCUCAAACACGUGGACAAUUACAUGACCAAAGUCAUCAACACGCGCAAGCUAGAGCUGUUGAGUCAGCGGCAAGGUGGGUCCCUCCACGAUGACUUGCUCUCUCGGUUCAUGAAGAAAAAGGAGUCCUACACGGACGAGUUCCUGCAACACGUGGCACUCAAUUUCAUCCUUGCUGGACGUGACACGUCAUCCGUUGCCCUCAGCUGGUUCUUCUGGCUUGUCAGUCAGAACCCCACGGUGGAAGAAAAGAUCCUGAUCGAAAUCUGCACCGUUCUGAUAGAAACACGUGGCACUGACACGUCGAAGUGGUUGGACGACCCAUUACAGUUCGAGGAGGUUGACCGACUGACAUAUCUGAAGGCCGCAUUGUCAGAGACCCUGAGGCUGUAUCCGUCGGUGCCGGAGGACUCAAAGCACGUCAUAGCCGACGACGUCUUGCCCGACGGCACGUUCGUGCCGGCGGGUUCCGCCGUGACGUACUCUAUAUACUCCUCUGGCCGGAUGGAGUUCAUUUGGGGGAAAGACUGCCUGGAAUUCCGGCCGGAGAGGUGGUUGACCACCGACGGCAAGAAAAUUGAGCUGCAAGAUUCCUUCAAAUUCGUGGCAUUCAACGCCGGCCCUAGAAUCUGUCUUGGCAAGGACUUGGCGUACCUGCAAAUGAAGUCGAUCGCGGCGGCGGUGUUGCUCCGCCACCGGCUGGCGGUGGCGCCGGGGCACAAGGUCGAGCAAAAGAUGUCGCUAACGCUGUUCAUGAAGUACGGUCUGAUGGUGAACGUGCAACCUAGGGAUUUGACCCCAAUUAUAGCGAAAAUUACGAAAGGAGCCAUCCGUGAGGAAUUUGCCAAGGCGGAAGUGGUCGUUUAGGAUUUGAUGAUUGAAUUUCCUGAUUUGUGGAUAUGAAGCAUAAUAUUAAUUAGAUCAUAAUAAACUAUAUAUAUAUGUUGGUGCAUGUGAUUUUUUGUGACAGGCGUCUUCAUGGCCACAUGAUGAUGAUCUGAUGGUGGGGACAGUGUAAUGUACGGUUGACGAAGGCGCCUGUCACAAGGGAUCAUGUCGUUGCCUCUGUCGGGUUUGCAAUUGAAUAGAAGGACCAAAACCCAGUGCUGGAUCCAGCAGUGGCAGGAGGAUGACAGGAGGUGACAGAGUUCAUUUUCAUUUUUUUUUUUUUUGGUCAUUUUUGUCUCAUUCAAGUGUGUAAUUGUUCUCCUAUAUAUAUAUAAUAUGCAUGGUCCAAUAAGAAAUGAAAAUGGCAAUUAUUCACUCUCAAUCCGUUUUUUCCUUUUUUUU